AUGGACGACCACCCGUUCCAACUGAAGUACACCGUGGAGCAGCUACAACAGCUGGCCGAGAUAAAGGAAGAGCUAGAAAAGCUGGCCGAGAAGGCAGAGAAUGACUUCAAGGCUGAAAAAGCCAAAGCUGAUCCGGCCCUGAAGAAGAAGAAUGGUGAGUUUGCGCGAAUGUAUGCUGAGAUUGCCAUCUCCAUGAAGAAAGAAUGGUUGAAAUGGGUCCGCAUGGCAUCCUGGGUGUACACUCUGGCCUCCAAAGUGCAAACAGGUUUGAUGGUGAAGGAGGUGUCCCAGAAUAUGCAAGAUUUGACCAUAGGCUUGGAGAAAGUUGUGACUGCCAAGGGUGUGAAGAAAAUCUCUGCGGCAAUUAACAAGUUUGAACAGCUGGUGGAGAACCUGGACGCUUCGGUGAUGGAAGACUCGACGAGCUCGGCAACACGCCAGGAGCGAGUGGACAGGUUCCUUCAGGAGAUCACUGAGGAGAUCAAACGUGAGGAGGACCGUGACCAGCUGAGCCAGCUGUCCAAGGUUCCCUCUCCCGUGGGCGAGAGCUCCAAGGGAAUCGGGCAGAACUAG